CGCGAGCGAGUGAUGACACAUACAUAAUUGCGCUGCCGAUACUAAUCCGGAACCUCCUAUCCACCUGUCCCGGAAUAGGAAGAUGAGCAGGAGCAGCCGCCGUAUCAGAGCGGCGCAGUGUCCCGGCCAUACUACGAUCCUUCCGCCCCCUUUCCAAUCGGUAGAUUCUCAUAGCCCCAGUAAUCACCACCCAUAGGCGCUACCCCCCGAGGAAACCCAUGGCAUAUUGCGACCUCAGAUUUUUUCCCUCCAAGGCAAGUUAGAUCAGAUGUCAGGUCAGAUCAUAUAGAUAUUCGCCCGUUUAAGGUUAACCUGCCAUCGCGAUGUUAUUUGAUCCUCCGGGUAGCCCUACCGGGCACGCCUAGGCCAAACCCGCCCCCAUCUCCCACAAAAAAAAACUUCUUUUCCCGUCUCCUACCCAUCGAUGUCGAGCCCCCCAUCACCCCGAUCGUCCUAACCUAUGUCCUUCACGCAAAAACGCCACAAAACGUAGUGCUUCACUCCGUGUUGGCUCGACGAAAACGCCCGACGAAAACCAGCGUAGCAUAAUGGCGUCCCUACGACUCCUCCUCCCUAUCCUCGGAUGUCUAGCUCUCACCAUCGCCGCCACGAGCCUCCUAACCUACGUCCCAGAAUGCGCACAAGACUGCGUCACGAAGUCCCUAAACGGGACCUGCGCCGGGCCGGAAGACUCGCAAUGUCUAUGCAACAACAUGCGGACCAUCGGGAUCGGGUCGGUAUCCUGCGCAUCAGCAGCAUGUGGCAACUCCACAGAGCAAGUCGCAACCGAACUCCGGUCCGGGUACGUAAAAUACUGCAGCGCGGCCGAUGUCUCGGUGGCGCCGUCGGCGACCGCGAUACCGAGCUUCGGAUGGGGUGCCGGGGGCUUCGGGGGCGGCUCGUGGGGAUCAAGCGUAACGGUAACCGUAGCGAGCACCGCAACCGGCAUGUCAACAGCGACUACAUCGUCCACAACCCUCGCCCCCACAGGCGAAGCCGAGAACUCACCAAACGCGCCAGCCUCAGGAGGCGGUAGUCACAGCGGACUAAGCGGCGGCGCCAUAGCCGGAAUAGCCGUCGGCGGCGUGAUCGGGGUGAUCUCAAUCACCGGGGGUCUCCUACUCUUCGCCUUCCGGCUCGGGCGGAACCACUCGCAACGGAAGAAAGAAGAGGCCGAGGCGGAGACGGGGGGCCAGCAAGAAAGCGGCAGCGGCAAUGGGGGGCCGAAACCUGAUUCUCCGGCUAAUAAUACGGCGGAGGCCGACAAAGUGCAAUUAGAAGGCAAGCCGCUAAGCGAGCUGCCGACCGAGUACACGCUAUCGGGAUUCGAGCGCAUAAGAGAACUGCCGACGCAAGAGCGGCCCGCGGAGCUCUGCGCCAACGCGUUGCCGCGGUAUGCGGACAUCGAGACCCCGAUAUUGCCUCGUGCGCUGUCGAGGUGAUGAUGGUCAUAGGAAUAUGCAGGUCUGUCGAAGACCAGAAGUAAAUAAUACAAUAAAAGUGCCGGGGAGAGAGAGAGAAGGGGCUUCCGAAUAUUAUAGGCACUUCACCUACCUAGUACCUACGAUUGAGCGGCAUAUACACGGCUAGCCGAUUCGAAGAUCGAUGGAUCGACGACUUGAACGGCUCAUAUCCCCGGACAAUGACCCGAACGUAAUAUAAGCCCCAAACGCGCCCUCAAUGAACAUCCACUAAAUCGCUCUCUUCUAGUAAUCUAAAAGGAUCAAGCCUUCUACGAGUUUUAUGGAGUACUCGUGAGAUGGCACACCACAUCCGAAACUAGAAAGGCUAUAGGAGAGACGGGAUAGAGGUGCAAAAUGGAAGUAAUUGCCGACAACGAGCAGUUCGAUGGAGGUGGAGUUAACCUUAUCGGGGUGGUGGUUAAGUUGCGAUUGAUGGGAAUUACAGUAGACAUGAACUACUGGUUAUUGUAUAUUAUGUAUGGACGUGAGCCGGGGCCGGGUGACGUUGUGGAAAGGUUGGCGAUAGUAACUGCGAAAACGACGAACUUCGCCGAGGUAGAUAAUGAAACUAAUCACAACUAUCGUCUGAUUCUAGAGGCAUACUAUUGCACAUGUACUUAGUAGCUUGCAGCUUCAUGAUACGUGCA